GUUCGUUUUCAUUUGCCUUUACUCUUUUCCCACAAGUCUUUCAAGUUCUCUUCCAUUCAUCUUCUUGUAUAUGCAAUGAACAUCAGCUCAAAUUGGUGUUUGAUUUCUCUGCUUAUUUCUCUUUCAUCAAUUUUUUAUCGCUUAGUUAGUGCUCAACCUUUUGAUUAUCCAAUAGCAAACCUGUCCACUAUAUGGAAAAACAGUGAAACUGCACCUCACUCGGUAGAUUUCAAUGAUGGAGCGACAGUGAGAGCCAUCCUUCUUAGGGGAAGCUUUGGUCCAAGAUAUGCCUGCGGUUUCUACUGUAAUGGAAACUGUGACACUAAUUAUCUCUUCGCCAUUUUCAUUGUUCAGACCAAUAGUGCUUCCGGUAUCACUCUUCCAGCUAGUGGAUUCCCGCAGGUUGUUUGGUCUGCUAACCGUGAUAAUCCGGUUCGAAUGAACGCAACCUUGGAGCUCACUUUAGAUGGAGAUUUGGUUUUGCGAGAUGCUGAUGGAAGUAUAGCGUGGUCGACAAGUACGGGAGGAAAAUCUGUUGUGGGCUUAAACUUGACUGAAACGGGCAACCUCGUUCUUUUUGACAAGAAUAAUUCAACGAUUUGGCAAUCCUUCGAUUAUCCGACCGACUCUUUAGUUCCGGGCCAGAAGUUGAUGAUAGGGCAAAAACUUACUGCUAGUGUUUCUUUAACAAAUUGGAGUGAAGGUUUGCAUUCUUUUUCUCUCACUGAUAAAGGAUUGUUUUCUUUCGUAGUGUCUGACCCUCGACAAGUAUAUUAUGAAAGACGUUACUCCGUCUAUCUCAACAAAACAAGCUAUGUUAGAUUUAGGAAUGGGAGCUUAUCUUUGUUCCAACAAUACUCCUCCGAAAUAAAAAAUGAGACUGUUGAUGUCGUAUUUUCCAUUCCUGAGGCAUCAUCAGCACAAUACAUGAGAUUAGGGCCUGAUGGUCAUUUGAAAGUUUACGAGUGGCAAAAUGAGUGGAAUCAAGUAGCAGAUCCUUUGACAGGGUACUUUGGAGAAUGCAAUUAUCCAAUGGUUUGUGGGAAAUAUGGCAUCUGCUCGAAUGGAUUUUGCGGAUGCCCUACAUCCAAUGGGCAGACCAACUAUUUCAAGCAAGAAAGUGAUAUCCAGCCCAUGGCUGGGUGCGUCCCCAGUACUCCCUUAUCAUGUGAAUCUACACAACAUCACAGUUCUAUUGAGCUUAGAGAUAUUACUUACUUUACCUUUGCAUCAGACCUAGGGAACAGAGACCGUGAGAACAUAGAUUCAGAGACAUGUAAACAAGCCUGCUUAACGAAUUGUUCCUGCAAAGCUGCUUUUUUUUUGUAUAAUGAUAACUUUUCAGCCGGGGAUUGUUAUUUACUGUCUGAAAUCUUUUCGAUGAUGAAGAAUGACAAGGGAAAGACUCACUAUAACUCUACUGCAUUUUUAAAGAUUCAGACCAUCCUAAGUUCAAGUCCUGGUGGAAGUGGAAAGAAGACAAGAGAAAAGCCGAAAAUAUUGGGUAUAAGCCUUGGAUCCGCUGGUGUGUUUGUUUUGAUUGUAAUCUGUGGCAUUUUUUUUUGGUUGAAAAAUGAUAAUGAUGAAGUUGAGGAAGCUGAUUAUCUAGAUCAUCUCCCAGGAUUGCCCAGAAGAUUCUCUUAUGAAGAACUGGAAAACGUGACAGAGAAAUUCACAAGGAUCCUCGGUAGGGGAGGAUUCGGCUCAGUGUUUGAGGGAACUCUGAAUGAUGGCACCAAAGUUGCAGUGAAGCUUCUUGAAGGACUUGGGCAAAUCAAGAAAUCUUUCUUAACGGAGGUGGAAGUUAUUGGAAGCAUACAACAUGUAAAUUUGGUGGGAUUGAUUGGAUUUUGUGCUGAGAAAUCUCAUUGGCUCCUCGUUUAUGAAUACAUGCCUAAUGGAUCUCUGGAUAGGUGGAUUUUCAAUAAUGCUAUGCUUGAUUGGAAGCAAAGAAAGAAGAUCAUCCUUGACAUAGCCAAAGGACUAACCUAUCUUCACGAAGAUUGCAGGCAGAAGAUUGUUCACUUGGAUAUAAAGCCCCAAAACAUCCUCUUAGACGAUAAUUUCAACGCUAAAGUUUGUGAUUUCGGGUUGUCAAAACUGAUCGACCGGAAGAAGGAUAAGGUUAUGACAACAAUGAGAGGAACUCCAGGCUACUUGGCUCCGGAAUGGCUUAACUCAAUAAUCACAGAAAAAGUUGACGUUUAUAGUUUCGGAGUUGUGACAUUAGAAAUUCUGUGUGGGCGCAAAAAUCUUGAUCGCUCUUUACCUGAGGAAGACAUGCAUUUGCUAAGCCUGCUCAAGAAGAAGGCAGAGGAGGGAGCAUUAUUAGAUUUAGUUGAUACAUACAAUCAAAAUAUGCAAUUAAAUGGAGAUGAAGUAGUGAAAACCAUGAAACUGGCUACUUGGUGUUUGCAGAGUGAUUUCACAAGUAGACCUUCCAUGGCAAUGGUAGUUAAGGUCCUGGAAGGUGUUAAUGAGGUUGAGCAGAAUCUGGAUUAUAAUUUCUUCAAUCCAGUACCACCAAGAAAGUUACGUGAAAUUGGUGGUCAACUAGAAGAAAAUUCCAGUUCUACUAUAUUACUCCCAUCCAUUUUGUCUGGACCGAGGUAAAAAUUAGACGGUAUUAUAUGUGUGUGUGUCAAAAUUUAUCUUCAGUUUAUCAUAAUGUUAACUUUUAUUGAAAGAAAAUUUGAUUGAGUUUUUGUAAGUUAUGUGGCAUAUUUAUGAUCAUUAAAUAAAGUUGAUUCUAAAA